UAAUCACAUAUACGGCGUGUUCUAUAAAAUAUUAACAAACAUUUAAUUUAUAUAAGAAGACCCUGCGAAAAGUCUAGAGACACUGCGAUUCACGUUUAUUAUGUUAUCGACUUGUGCGGCCUGGUGCUAAGUACUCACGCCACAAGUAUGGAGUUUUCAGGUAUUCGAAAUAACGAAGUAGUUGGAAUCGUGCUGAGGCUAACCAUUUUUGGUGCAGUUACAUAUUACGGAAUAAAGUGGAUGGUGGAAACUCUAGACCCCACCAAAAAACAAAAAGUCGAGGCCCAAAAGAGGGCUGAAAACUUAAUGAAAAAGAUUGGCGUAAGUAAUUGUGAGAAAUUGACCGAGUACGAAAUGACAAUUGCAUCACACCUUGUGGAUCCCCUGAGUAUUCAGAUUUCCUGGGAUGACAUUGGUGGCCUUGAUGAUGUAGUCACUGAGCUCAGAGAUACCGUUAUACUACCCUUGAAAAAAAGGGAUAUGUUUGCUCAAUCAAAACUUCUUCAGCCUCCAAAAGGAUGUUUGCUGCAUGGCCCACCAGGAUGUGGGAAGACUAUGAUAGCUAAGGCAACAGCCAAGGAAGCAGGUGCAAGAUUCAUCAACUUGCAACUGUCCUCUCUAACAGACAAGUGGUAUGGUGAGUCACAGAAACUAGCUGCUGCUGUAUUCUCACUGGCUGUGAAGCUACAACCAAGUAUCAUAUUCAUUGAUGAAAUGGACUCGUUCCUGCGCUCGCGCGACUCGCACGACCACGAGGCGACGGCGAUGAUGAAGGCGCAGUUCAUGAGCCUGUGGGACGGCCUCGUCACCGACCAGGCCUGCUACGUCAUCGUGAUGGGUGCCACGAAUCGGCCGCAGGACGUCGACCGAGCCAUCCUGCGCAGGAUGCCCGCCACGUUCCACGUCGGCCUGCCCAGCUUGAAGCAGAGAGAAAGCAUCCUGAAUAUUAUUCUGAGGGAAGAAUAUACAGCUGAGGAUGUGAGUUUUCACGAGGUAGCCAGGCUAACGGAAGGCUUCUCAGGCAGUGAUCUAAAGGAGUUGUGCAGAACGGCAGCAGUGCUUCGGGUUCGUGAAUACAUAGAAGCUGACGAAGAAGACGGCGACACGCCAUUCAGAAUGAAAGCAAUAAACAUGUCAGACCUACUGCAAGCUUUGACAAAGCAAAAGAAAUCAAAGUCUGCUGCAAUAUUUGGAAUGUUUGGUUCACCGUUGCCAUUAGAUUGAUGAUGAUUCCGUGUAGAAAUUUUUACUCGUCACUUGAUCUUUCGAAGAACGCGACUGAAUAGAGUCGGGCUCUCUAAUAAGACUAUCAGAAGUAAAUUACAACAGAUUCUGGUCAAUGAUCUGAUAUUAUUUACGUCUGAUACUAUUAAUUUUGAUUAUGUGAGCUUCUAGUCAGCAGCUAGUCGGUAACUUAACUAUUAUUGUCUUGUACACCAGAAUUUUUCGUUGUGAUGCUUGUGAUUUUUCCACUUUAUAAACUUGGAAGUUAUGCAUUGCAUAUUUGCAAUUAUGUGUCGGCAACCGUAGCCUAACUCCAUAGAUAAUAGAGUUUUCUAAAUUGGUAAAUUUUUACUACGUGAUAGUAAUGCAGUCGUUAGAUUAACUUUAAUUUUGUUAACACAUAGUUUGAUAGGCUGUAUGUGACAGCACAACCUAACUGUAGUGAAUUGAUUUUCGGCUGCUUUCAAAAGAAAAAUUAGUAUCACAAUGCACAGCUGAGUACUGAAUGAGAUUUCAUCCUUUCUGCGAUUGUUAAUUCAAACUUGUUAACAUUCAUAAGAAAAUCGUUAUCCAGUGUUAUAUAAUUGUGUUAUAUAUAGUGCAGAAAUGUCUGACAGCUCGUUGUCACUAGCGAUUGCACGAGAUGUAUUUUUGGUCUCAUGAAUUUUAGCUAGUUAUUUUGGAUACCACAAAUUUUACACUGCCCAUAAAUAGUUGUAAAUAUCGAAAUAAUUUUCUGAAGCAUUUAGACAUUGAUGACUGACAAAUAGAUGGCUGCUUUUAAGAAAUUUUAUGCUUUUGAGUUUUUAGGGUGUUUUUUAGUAAUAGCAUUUCCACAGGUGAGAUAUCAUAUAACUGUUAUGAUUACUCCCGUUUUAUUAGAGACUGCACCUGCAUUUGUGACCCUACCCUAGAAGACCUUACUAAAAACUUAGAAAUUGCAAUAAAUAUGAACUGUUACUAUAUAAGUUACCAUAACUGUCACUCCCAAUACAAAGUGUACUGAAAUUAUUAUUGUAAGGGAGAAAAUACAACAUGGAUACAUCAUCACAUGCUAUCCAUUAUGUAGCAGUGCCAAGGAAGUACAAAAUAAUAAUAGUAAUUAGUGUGGCAAACUAUUUAUUAAAACCAGUGAUGGUUUGCUACAUAUAAAAACACAUUGACAUCUACAAGAUGAUGAUCGAACCACUGCAGUUUUGAGAAUAACGGUAUAAAUAUUUGCUUUUUGUUUGAAAAUGCAAUUCUGCACAACACCAGAAUUUCUGCAGACUGCUGGCCAAGAAUUUGGUUUUCACAAGUAACACCAACAACGUAAAUGUCAUCGGUUUGAUGCAAUGAAAUACAAUGUACGGCUUACAGCCAAUUUACAAUAAUUUCCCGUUCUAGAUAUUAUUUAUACUUCGAAGAGUAUUCCUGACGUAUAACGUGCACGUCGUCUUCCAACCAGCUUUGCAACCUUAAUGAACUUCCUCUUCCUAGCAUCAGUACAUGAUGCUAGUAUACGAGACCAGAUGCAAUGCAAAAAUAGCAAUGCGAUAAUAUCCCUUUACACCAUUAGUAUGUCUGAGUGUGUGGUUUGUGCUUUCAAAUGUGUCUUACAAACUGACUAGAAAGAAAACGCUGUGGCAACCCUUCAAACAGCAUUCUCGUGGCAUAAUGUGAACAUACCAGGUGGGAGCACACAGCCGAUUGCCGUUUCGCAUCAUUUCGCUGUUUUUGAGUAUUACGCUGAAGGCCACAGAAAAAUACAUAAAAAAUGUACUCAUACUUGGCAUAAAGUUAUGCAACAUCAAAAUGUGAUGUACUUACAAAUCGUCAUCAAUUUAAAGGCACACGGCAACAGUUUAAACAGUUGUAUAUACUAGGAAAAUCGAGGGGUGUUUUUACAGUGAGCAGGUGGGAAAAAUCCGACUCAUUUCACGUGCAAGAAAUUAUGCAUAAAAUUGGAGAUUCUUAAAAAUGUAAUCUUACCUAGCUCUAAACAAACAGCAUGCAAACAGAUAAAAAUCUUUAAUUAAAACAACUGAGAAUAGGUGGGGCAGUGAGAUCACUAGUUCACACAGUAGAUACACUAUACAUCUGCCCUCAUCGCUCACUACAUUUAAAAUUAUACACAACAUUAUUAUAUGCAACAAUUACUUCAAAUAACUCUUUCUCUUACAAACACACGAAGUGAAGAACAAGGUGAUUAGACAAUAUUGCAAAUGUGCACCAGAAUGCAUAAUAUACUUACACACUGCCGCUCUCAUGAUAACAGGAGUGAAUAAUAAUAGAUAAUAUAUUAUUAUUCUAUUAUUAUUCACUCCUGAUGAUAACAUGCCAGCAAUAUUACAAAAUUUUUCAAUACAGUAAUUCAAACAUGAACUAUAUUAAAGUGCCACCUCUGUUUCUCGAAUAAACACUACAACUGCCACAUACGUGCAUCGUCAAGACCAAAAUCAGGUUGUAUGAAAAAUAUCAUGCAAAUACAAUACCUGUAGAUCUUCUUCUAUUCAAGCUAACUGGCGAAACAAAGCUACCCUACAAUGGGGAAUGAACGGGGUAGAGGCACUUUGCGUGUCGCAGCAAGGAAACUUCUUAACCUUCAAUGAGAAUGGUUCCUAGCACAGACUAAACUUAACAUCACAGCUAACAAUACCUGCCACGCUAGACGAU